AUGCUGGAGCUCGACGGACGAACGCUGUCAUAUUCCGAGUUCAAGGAAAAAUGUCUUCGGCCGAACCUCCCUGCGAUUAUACACCACGCGAAUGGGUUGUCCGACUCGUGGUUUGACGUUGAGUUGCUGAUCCGCCACCUCUCCCCGGAGGGCCUGCUGGACGGCUUUGGCGACGCUCACAUCGUUCCCGUUUGCGCGAUCUCAACUCCCUUCGCCAGGGAGGCCUCGCAAGCGAAAGGGGCGGCGGACUCCGUGGGCGACGGUUCCUCCGCAGCAGUCCCCCUUUGUCAGGUCCUGGGCUCCUGGCUCUCCCCCCCUCCUCUCCUCUACCUCAAGGACUGGCACCUGCAGCAGGAAAGGGAGGCUCGCUUGGGGGGAGGGGAUGAGAGCGGGAACGAGGCCGUGCGCAUGAGGCCGCAUGGCGUCGGCCUCUAUCGCGUGCCCGAUUAUCUUGGGGGGGAUUGGCUGAAUGGCUUUAGUGCGGAGGCCGCGACGGCCUCAUCCGUGCCUCCCUUAUGCGGGUUUGGUAACGGGCACGAGGAUUACCGAUUCGCGUACAUUGGCCCCACCGGCACGUGGACGCCACUGCACUAUGAUGUCUUUGGUACCUACUCUUGGUCAUUUAAUGUUUGUGGGAAAAAGCGGUGGUUUUUUCCCACACACGAGGGGAACGAAUUUCUUAAACAACACACCAUCAAAGGCUUCCCAGCCCCGCCCGACAUUCGCGUCUUGCAAGGCUUUGAGUAUUGGAGCUUCGUGCAGCACCCGGGUGAGUUGGUGUUCGUACCCUCUCAUUACUACCACCAGGUGCACAACGUUGAGGGGGAGGAAUUUGAGCUCUCGACUAGUCGAUCUUUGACAUGCUUCCAGACUCCAAGGGAAAAGCGGCUGCUGUCGCUUUCAAUUUCAGUCAAUCAUAACUGGUGUAAUGAGUUUUGUAUCGAGCGCAUGGUUCGUCUCUUCCUCGAUGAUGCUAGUUAUCUCAGACAAAGUCUAGAUUCCAUGGAUAUGGCAGCCGCCUAUGGCCUGGAUAAUCCUGUUCUAUGGGCUCAAAAGCUCGAGGAAAUGCUACUUAACGGAACUAACUGGAGUUUCAGGUCGAUGCUUUCGUUCUUAGGAUACAUCCAAGCUCAAUUUCCUAUGUUAGGCGAGUCUGUGAUAAAUACUUUAGUAUCACUAGAGUCUAAAGUGCGUGAGGCACAGGCAACGCUAUUCACAUGA